UUCCUAGUCGACCACCACACUGCUUCGGCAGUUAUUCUGAACGGCAGUCGCAUACUCACCACCCACACACCCAUAUACAUACAUACAUACAUACUUGGAUGUUUGCUAUGUGAAACUGAAAAUUAAGUUUGUCGAUUCGGAUAAUUGAAACACCGCAAUUGUGGGCGUUUCACUUCACUUUCUUCGGUGCGUAAAUGAAGUGUAAAGUCGAACGCACAAUAGAUUUGUCAUUCGCCGCGAACAGCCGUGAAAUUACGCUUUCAGUAGUGCAAAAUUUUUUAAGUGAAAUAUUUUCAUAGACUAAAUACUAUUUUAGUUGGUAAAAAAUGCUUAAACAUUACUUAAUAAUUGUCAUUUUUGGCGCUAACUUGUGCUCAUACUGGGGCAUUAUGGCGCAGACGCUGAAAGUAUUUCGACCAGCAGUACCGCCACCGCCACGCUGGGGUGCCAACAUGCAAAUGCUGCGGCGUCACAACAAUGCUGCUUUUGAAUUUUGGACUGAGGAUAGUGACACAAAUCUCUGGGAGCACUGCGGUCUAUUCGAGGGCGAUAUUAUGCUACACCGCGAUUGGUUGCGAAACGGUUUAUUACGCGAGAAGUUUACCUGGCCAGAUGCGACUGUGCCAUUCUAUAUUGAUAGUAAUGACUUUAGUGAGUAUAUUG